AUGGAUCAACUUUCUCCCAACUGGGGAACUAAUAGUAAUACGCUCAAUACCCCCAGUCAGAAUUCGCUAAACUCGAGUAGUGGUAUCUCUGGUUCGGGCGAGUAUAAUCAAAAUGAAAAAGUUGUUACUCCACCACGAUCUCCAAACGUAUUCAAAUUAUUCCUUGUGCAAUUAUGGAUUAUGAUAAAGAGGAAUUUUAUUCUACAAAUUCGAUAUCGUAAAUCAACAAUAUCCCAAGCAUUCGCAGGGCCAUUCAUAUUUUUGCUUCUUUUAUUUAUUUUGCAAAAAGCCGAUAACUCGGUUCAAAGGAGAUCUUAUUAUCAUCCAAAAUCAUAUCCACUUUUGGGAUUAUUACAGUGUCAGGGACGCUCGGUGAAUUCACCUUGUAUAAAUGUAAUGUACACACCAAAUACCCCAGAAACUCAAAAGAUAAUGCAAACUUUCUCGAUAAACAAUGAAAAAAGAACGGGACAACCGAUGCCACUAGAAGAUAUUAAUUUAGAUCUUAAUACGCCUCCAACUAGGAAAUUGGGAAUUGUUGCGGUUCCUAAUGCUAACUUCAUUUACAGUUAUACUUUAAAUAAUCCAAAUACUACAUUGUUUGGUAUUGAAUUUACUACAGUUGAUAACAACUAUCGUUAUCAGGUCUGGUUUAAUAGCACUCAGACAAAUAAUAAUACAGAUGUUUUCAAUGAACAGCUGUUAUCCUUUCAGCGAGGUAUUGAUGAAGCAAUUGUAACCGUCGCGACAAAUUCUUCAGCUGGAUCAUCGGAUUCACCUGCCAUAAAUGUUCAAUUAAAGGACUGGCCUAUUGUCCCGCCCAAAACCAUCACUGAUCAGAUCGUUGCAAAUCUCGGCGCUUUAUUCUUCUUUUGUGCUGAGAUGAUUAUCUUUAUCUCAAUAUUGAACACUAUAGUCUCCGAAAAAGAGGCAAAAUUAACAGACAGUUUAGUUAUGAUGGGCUUAAAGAAAGAAGUUUAUUGGCUGUCAUAUUUAAUUUCUAAUGCAUGGCUCGUGGUAAUCUGCUCAUUGGUUACUUGUAUUUUUGGUUUAAUUUUCGAUUUUUCCGUCUUUCGACACACAAACUUUUUGGUAUUGCUGAUUACUUUUAUCUUAUUUGGUCUCGCUAUGGUUACUUUUGCCUUUUUCAUCACAACCUUCUGUCGUGCCGCUCGAGUCGCAGUCCUAGUCGGUAUUUUCAUAUUCAUUCUCGGACUUAUCUUCGAAUCAUUCGUAUUCUCAAAUGCAUACGUUGGCUAUAUUUGGUGGGAUAAAAGCACAAGCAAACUUGGAUGGAUAAUUCUAAUGUUCAUUCCAUUCUUCAAUUUUGGCAAAAUUUACUUGGACAUGUCACAAUUAACCAAUGGCAAAUACGAUUAUUUGACCGAUACAAGCAAUCCUGGACCUGGAUUCAAAUGGGGUGAUCUUUACAACCCAAUACCUGCUAGCUAUCUUGUAUCUUAUAAUGCUGCCGGCCGUAAACCUGAUGUACCAGCUCCAAUUCAAAGUUGGUAUUUGUUGCUCAUGAACAUUAUCUUAUAUCUACUCCUUACCUUGUAUUUUGAUAAGGUUAUUCCUGAUGAAUUCGGUAGACGUCGUUCACCUUUGUUCUUUUUGUCACCAAGAUAUUUGGGAUUGAGAAUAUCAAAAGGUUAUACGUUACAGUCUUGGUUGCAAAAAUAUCGAAAAGCUCAUGGAUCUCAUGCGGACGAGGAUGCGGAUGUUGCAGCCGAACGAGAUGCGACAUUUGACCUUGAUAAUAAUGCUGUUCUUCGAAUUGCCAAUUUACGUAAAGUUUAUCGAAAGUCAAUUUUCUAUGAGAGUAAUCUUGAUAAAGUUGCAGUAAAUGAUCUUUGCUUAACUUUAAAGGAGGGAAAAUGUCUUGCAUUACUUGGACAGAAUGGUGCAGGAAAGAGCACAACUAUGAACAUUUUAUCUGGGCUGACACCAGCAACAGCUGGCGAUGCUUUAAUGUAUGGUUUAAGCGUUCGUGAAGAUAUGGAUUCAAUUCGUAAAAUUAUGGGAGUUUGUCCGCAACAUGAUCUUCUUUUCAAUGAUCUCACAGCUCGUGAACAUAUUCGACUUUACGCUGGUAUUAAAAUGAUCCCGGCCGAAGAAAUUGAACAAUUAAUAAAUGAGAGAUUAGCCGCUGUACGUCUUACCAAAGUAGCUGAUAAGUUUGCUGGAACUUAUAGUGGCGGUAUGAAACGUCGUUUAAGUAUGGUAAUAUCAACGAUUGGUGAUCCACAAAUUAUAUUUAUGGAUGAACCAACGACCGGAAUGGACCCUCUAAAUCGACGUCAUGUUUGGAGUUUCAUUGAGAAUUUCAAACGAGGGCGAGUCAUUGUCUUGACAACACAUUCUAUGGAGGAAGCUGAUGUAUUAGGAGAUCGUAUUUGUGUAAUGGCUCAUGGUCGUCUGCGUGCACUAGGAAAUGCCAUUCAUUUAAAGAAUAAAUUCGGUGCAGGUUAUCGUGUUUCAUUGGUCACACAUCCAUUAGAUUCUGACCGUGCGAAACAAUUGGUUGAACAACAAGUACCAAAUGCCGUAUUAGAGGAUGAUUCGGCUGGCGCAUUAAUAUAUGAACUACCAAUGUCUGCGUUACCUUCUUUACCAGCAUUAGUCAAGUGGUUUGAGGAGAAUCAAGAAGUGAGCUCGGUGGAAGAUGGAAAGCCUUUGAUUAGUUCAUGGGGUGUAAGUCAAAAGGGAUUGGAAGAGGCUUUCUUGAAACUUAUUCGAGAAGCCAAUCCAAAUGGAUACCAAGGUUACGAGGCACAAAAUACUAAUUGA